GCGGAAAUUUUUGGAAUAGAAAUACAAGCAUAACCAAAGAAACAAAAAGGUUUAAAGAGGCAACCUACAUACACAACCAAGAGCUAAAGCGCGCAGGACAGUAGGCGACGAAUGACGAGGGGGGCAAACGCUGUAACAGAUGUUGAUGAUAUUAUCAAUCACUACUACGCAUUCAUUAAUACAAGCACUAGUGUCCAGAAGGAAAUAGAGGGAUACUUUCUGAGGCAAGAGGUUGACAUCCGCAAGCGCGUCGGUCUCCUGGAUGAUCUUCAACGCACUAUAAGCGAUGAGAGGCGCUGCCUUGAGUUGCAACACCAGGAAUGUCGGGCGCGGAUUAGCGCGACUCGGCGCCAUAGCAUUUUACUACAGUCCGAAAAACGAAAAGUGCAGGAUGCAAUUAAUUCUUCUCAAAGUGUGCUUGGAAGGGAAGAGGAGGAAGCCGAAGCUGAAUUACGAAGGCUAGAUGAUAGUAUCGCUAUAGAGGACAAGCUUAUUAAAGAAGCUCUAGACACACGUGAUGUUCUAGCGGCAGAGGCGAAGUCACUGAGAGCUAAAGAGACACGCUGCCAACGUGAAGAGCUCGCUAUAGAGAAGGCACUAGAAGAGCUUCGUAGCUUCGCGGACGAGAUUGAGCAGCGAAAGCAGUCACUCGCAAAAAAGAAUAGCACCAUUGUAGAGUGGAACCAGACGUUGGAGGCGCGUGAAAGGGAGCUAGUUCGCUGCCAGGACGAGUUACGAGAUGCUUUGUAUGCACUGAACUGUGAUGAACGUCUGUUGGGCAUGAACCGGACGGGAAAUAACACGAUUACUCAGAACAUCUCGCAGCGAGAGCUCAUGGAUGAUCAUGACAUGUGCAUUGUGCAUGAGCAUCUUCGUGAAGAAAUUGACCUUGAGGAUGAGGACGGUGAAAAAGAAUAGCCUGUAGCGCUGUGUGUGUAUGGGAGGGGGAAGAAGGAGGAGCAUAGCUAAGGGGUAUUCACAAGGAGACCAUUUUUUUCUAUUCUAAGAUACAUUUCCUUUCAUACUCAAAAGUUCCAGUGGCUCAUCUUUUGGAUAUAUUGAAAAUUGAACUUCAUAUGCGGCAAUCUAAUUUUUUCACCCUUUUACGCCUGUAAAUCAGUGCGGAUAUGGGACGAGUAGCGUGAUACUGGAUCGUGGAGGCAUCCAUCAGCUAAACCUAAAACA